CAUACACACACCCUGACAAAUACGUACAAGUGUUUUUGCUCCAGUUGCCUUCCUUGAUGACUUCAACAUGGGGCUUCCAAUAUUUUUUAUUUUAGGAAUGGUGCUGAAUCUUGCACACAGCAGGAAAAUACAAGAUUCAGUGCCUAAAGACUUGGUUCUUGGCCAAGUUGUGACAGGGAUUUUGGGGGAAGAGGUCUACCUGCACUGUCUGUACACUGGGCAAAGUAAAAUCAUGUUCUCUUCCUGGAACCGUCUCGAUUCUUCAAAGAGUGCCAAGAAAAUGGCAGGCUACAAAUACAACAACAUUCCUUUCAACCGAGAAAACUUUGAUAUUCCUGCAUCAGUUACCAACCUCACUGUAAAGCUGAACGUAACCAGUCUUGAUGUAGAGGGAGAAUACACAUGCGUCUUCAACUCUGAUGAUGAUGAAACAAAGGACAACAUGUUGCUCAAGAUCAUUGCCCGGCCUGAUAUUGAUAUCACUGUGAAGGAGGAGGUAGUGAACGGGACCCUCUACCAAGCUGUCAGUUGCUCUGCAGCCAAUGCCAAGCCCGAGGCUUUCAUUAGCUGGGAGAUCUCCGGUGCCCUUCCAAGAGAUGACAUCUUCUCUGUGAACAUGAUUAAUACAACUCAUUUCAAUGGCACAACCAGUUCAAUAAGUGUACUUCGAUUCCCCCUUAUUAUGAAUAAUCAGAGUACUGUCACCUGUAUCAUCCAACAUCCAACUUUUCCUGGAAUUAAAAGAGCCAACAUAGAGGUGGACACAUUUGUUUCUCCUGUUAUGACCAUGGAGACAGUCUUGGUCCAGGAAGGGGGAGAAGAUUUUCAAGAAGUCAUCUGCACAGCGACAGGGGGGAGGCCUCAACCAAACAUCACAUGGAUGUUGCCUGAAUUAAAAAAUGCACCACCUUUACAGAGAAAUGUUUCAAAAGCAGAUUCAGUUAUUAGUUCAUUCCAGUUCCAGUCAGAUCUGUAUCAGGGUGAAAAUAUCACUUGCAUAUUUGGCUACAUGCUUCUUCCUUUCAUAAGCACGAGGACCCUUACUUUGCCAACUUACUAUCUCUCUUCCCUUCAGUUAAAGGAUCAUAGUCUUGCUAUGAAUGGUGGUGAAAAUCAGACUUUAUUGGUGUUUGAGGAAGGAGACACUAAUGUCAAAAUCAGUAUGAAUGUUUUGGGCAUUGUACCAAGUUAUAAAAUCAGCUGUACCAAGGAAGGCCAACCACUGCCUGAGGAUGUGGAUGUUGUUGGCAGUGAUGUUUUUAUCAAAGGACCUAUUGAGGAACAGCACCAUGCAGGACAAUACAUCUGUCAGGCUUCUUAUCGUAGACAUUUGGCCUCCUUACAGAUGAAAAUUGAAGUAAAUCCGAAAGUCAUAUUGCCAGAGACAUUCGCCCCUAAUAUUAGUUUGAAUCACAAUGUGAGUUCAGACCACAUUUACAUUGAGUGUUUGGCCUCCAAUGGUUUUCCUGCAGCAAACGUGUCCUGGAUCCUUCCACAAGAACUUAACAGUACAGUUCAAUCUGAUGUUGUUUCCUGUAACAGAUCAUGUUCUGUCAGAAGUGUGGUGACUGUGCCCAUGUGCAUGCCCCGUGAACACAAAAUUGAGUGCAUAGUUGAACAUCCCCUUUUUACGGGCAAAGAGGGACGAUGGUUGACUCUUUCCAAGUGUGCACCACCGAAUAUAACAUUGCAGUCCAGUAUUAAAUGGCAAAGUGGCAUUGCAUAUUCCAAGCUGGUGUGUUUGGUGGAGAGUCAGAGUCCAGCAGCAACUAUCACCUGGAAUACAGAGUGCUUUGGCAGUGACAAUAGUUUUAGUGAGUUCGCAAAGUCUGAGAAUCAGGAGAGUCAUAUGGUGACUGCUAAGAGUGUGGUACAAGUUCCAAUUUACUUGUUUUCCGGGUGCACCGUGACCUGUAUGGUUAAGCACAGAGGGUUGGAGAAACCAGAGAAUAAGAGCACUGACCUCCCAUCUUUAGGGCCAUCUGAAAGCCGCUUGGUUUUAGGAGAAGAGCGAUACACUCAUCUUUGGUAUGCUGUGUGUGAGUACAGUGGUGAUGGAUUGAAACCCAACAUCUCCUGGGUCCUUCCUGGUGUAGACACCAUAGUUCAGGCACCUGCUCAGGCCAAGUACAAUGGAAUUAAAGUACAAGUCAAUUCAACCUUCGAAUUUCAACUUGAUCAAUAUGAGGGGAAGGAGUUAAUUUGUUUGAUCCAGAAUGAGCAUGGCAACAUUGAGAGGCAACAAAAACUUGUUCCAAAAUAUUUUAUCUCAUCUAUUGAGAUUUUAAAUAAAACCACACUUGAUCGUAGAACUCAUGGGCAACAUGAACAUAGAUUUACUUUGCAAGAAAACCUCUUUAACCAGAAGAUACUUCUCAGAGCCCAUGGCAAUGCACCAUCGUACAAGACUCAGUGUUACAGGGAAGACGGGUCAGCAGCAUGCACAGAGGGCAUGGCAUUGGUUUUUCCAGAUGCAAUAUCUGAACUGGAUGCAGGGCUGUACAUAUGCCAUGUCUCGUACCACCACCACAAGGCUACAUUCUCCCUUCGGGUGGAUGUAACUAGUGAAGAGACUCAACACAUGAUAUUCAUCACCAUUUGCUUCUCUUCGGCCGCAGCAAUCACACUGAUCUUGAUUGUUGUUUUGUGUGUCCUUUGUAAACCAAGCUGGAGUCACUCAUCAAACAAGAAAAACAGGAGAGAGUGCGAGUCUCUUGCAGCCCUGAUGCAGGAUCCUCGCAGCUCAGAAAAGACGGUGCUUCCAGGCGGGACCGGACCUGACUAUGCUGAACUUGUGCGCUAUUCUAUUGUUUUUGAUGCUAAAAGCACUGUGUGAGGUACCUGUUGGGUUUUACGAGGGACAAAAUUGUGCAAGAUGUUUUAAAGCAGAAGAAGAAGGCCUCCUUCAACUGUAUUUUUAAUCCAAUUAUUACAACUGUGAUAAAUAUACAUUGCAAUUUAAUUAAAUAUGAAAACAUUUCUCUUUUUUCUGUUUUGUUUUUUCUCUGGUUUUUUUUUCAGCUAUUGUUUUUCCUCAAUUAUUAAUACUGAUUGUCAGGUAACACGUCACAGUGAAAUAGCUUGGUUUUACUUUCAGCUUUAUGCUUUGGUAUUGUACUAAAUAAGUAGCAAUGUAUGUAUGAAGAUUCUGAGGUUUUUUUUUAUAAAUAUUUUAUUAUCUCUUUAAAUUGUUCUGAUUUGUGUUGAUUUACAAUUUGUUUUAAAGUCAAGAUGGUCUCUUCAAUCUUGUCCAAAUUGGGCCUCUACCUUGCAAACUGAGUGAAAUCUGUAACAUUGUAGCGCCCUCUGGUGACCAUGCUGUAUAUUGUGGUGGAAUUAAAUGAUAAAUCUGCCUCUAAUAUUAC